AUGGCCACUGACGACGAGAAGUCACGCAUGGUCCGCAACUUCACAUCGGGGCUAGAGAAGCUGUGCACAGCCACCAGCAUGCUGAGUCUUGGCUUGGACGCUGCAGGCGUUAGGGUUGUGAUCCAUGUUUCCAUGUGUCGCUUGCUGCUCCAGUAUGUCCAGGAGAGCGGCGGGGCUGGACGGACGGGCGCAAGUAGCGAGUCCAUCGUGUUGAGAGCGUGCUGGCAGACAAAGAGCUGGUGCGUAGAGAAGUCGCUUGGCUACAAGCUGGAGCCACCGGCAAAAGACUUUCUGUCAGCAGGUUCGUGCCGGAGAGCCGCUGUAGACAGGCAUAUGGACGGAAGGCAAGACAGACGACAGUGUGAGGCAGGGGAGGCAAAGUGUGAUUUGUGCGAGCAGCAUCCGCGCGGUGUGAAGCGAAAGACCAUAGAAGAGGAACAGGACGCUCAAAGGCAGGCAUCGACAGCAGCAGAGACGCGGCAUGAGGAGCUUGAGAGGAUGGCAACAGUCGAGAAGCAGGGGAUUGACAUUCAACUACGGCGCAAGACAGAGCAGGAAGGCUACAGGCUAGAGCGGCUGCGGUAG